AUGGCGCUGCCAGGAUGCGUUCUGUCACCGACGACUACCGGAUACCAUAAGCCCAGCCAGAAUACCACUUCCAGCUUUUGGAUGACCUGGUGGCGAAGCCAGCAUCCGCAGCACCCAAGAUCGGCUUAUUUCACCGGAGAUCCUACCCAAGACUGGAAGGGACAUGACUUCUGCCUGUCCACCCUGCUUCGCAUAUUCGCGGUGAACAAGGAUGUUCGUGAUUACGAAUACAACAUCGGACCAUUCCCCAACGAUCUACCACAGGAGCGGUGGCACAAGCUUUGGAACACGAUCCAGUGGUGCAGAACCAAAGAGUACUUCUCGGACAAGGGCAGGGUCGCUGCUUCACAGCGCGGCCACAUCAAUGAAGUGUUACAGCCACCAUGGUACAUACAAAACCAGUCCGGCAAUGACAAGCACGACACUGGUGUCGAAGAAAGGAGCUUAGAGGCCAAUGAGCAAGAAGAUGGUCCAGAGUACUACAUCCUCUGGCAAAACAUGCCGACGCCAGAAGAGAAGACUGGCUUAUCGAUGGAACGCUCUGUAGGCUUGCCUCCUUUCUAUCAGUUCUCAUCAUUCACCAAAUUCGAGCUUUUUGUGUCACGGGCAUUUCAACUAAAAGAGGGGAAUCUCAAGAUUGAAAUGCUUCUGUUCAGCGUCAAAGAUGGACCGCAAGCCAGUUUGGAACGCAUGAAGAUUGCAGUCUUCUGGGAGAGCUUGACCAGCUACGAGCUUGAAGGCUACAAGAUGAGUUUCUUCUUUGAUCACUGCACCCUUGAAGCAGAUUGA